UGUGUGAUUUGUUUACGCGCAAGUGCUGAGCGCUGACCCAAAGAAAUCCAUACAAAAUAAAAGGAUGGCCGAUUUGUUUCCAUACUAGUUAAAAAUAUCAGCUGUUCGUGUUUCCUGACAUAAUUUCAUUUUUAAAUGGGGUUAUUAGCCAUGUGCCAAGUGCGAUGGGCGCGAUUGCAUCGGUGCUGCAAUGGCACUGUGUCUCAUGCAGCUUAAUUAACCCCACGGAAAAAACCAAAUGCAUCAGAUGUGGGACCGAAAGGCAGACGUCGACGAACAAAGACCUUUUGGAAAAAUCGAAUUGUUUUGAUUUGAACCAGAGCAGGAAUUGCACGGUAAUCCGUAGAUAUAGGGCCACUAAUCAGGGAAUUUUAAACGGUGACAGGUUUGCAGAAAGAAAAGACUGCUCCGUUUUAGUCAAGAACACCUUAAUCAACACUUUAAUUCUAAUAGGAGAACGAACCUACCAAACACCUGUUAUUAAUACCAACAAUCCUACCUUACAAAAAUCAUUUAGCAACCCGAAUUUAAUAUAUCGAGCAUAUUGUAAAAAGUGCCAAUUACACUUUUAUCAAUCGGCCAGAUCUCAGUGUUUUCUUUGUGAUGACCCCGUGGAAACCAUGAACAUUGCUGAAUCUCCUUGCAAAGUCUGCUCUGUCGCUCAUCCCAAUUACAAGAACUACGAGAUUUUAAACUAUGAGAGGUGCAAAUGCCAAAAGCCCACGGACUUACUAUGCUUGUCGAAUGUCAGAAGUUUGAGUUGUUCGAUUGAUAAAAACCCUCAAAAUUCAUCCGCGGAAGGUACAGGCAAACUGAGUAACGUCCGAACAACUGCAAGCGGGAUUAAUGAUUCGGACGCAUCCACGAGCAGUAAUUAUUUGUGGUCGGUGAAAGGUUCCCUGCCAUCCACCACCUGGACGUGUAAAAGAUGUACGUUGUUAAACAGCCCCAAUAUCUCGAUUUGUGAAGCUUGCGAGGCUCCUUAUUCUCCGGAUUUCAAUAGUAAUGCCACUCCAAGUGUGAUUAUUAAGGUUGAUAAUUGGGCAGACAACGAAGCACUUCGUAAUUCCAGCCUGAAACACCCGUACCGUCGCUCGUUUUCCGAAUUAUCCCAUUCGCCCAGUUUCACUCCGAACAGGAAUAGACGAAGUUUGGACACGACCCUUUUACAGAUGAACUUUCCCAAGCCGAGUAACUCUAUGACUGACAUUCAGUCGACCCAGUACUCUUACUUGUUUGGGGAAUUAAAUAGUGAUCUUAAUGUUCCAUCUUCCAAAGGAAGGAAUCUCAAUAGAAGUACAAGCGAUAUCCAUGAAGGAAGUAUAAAUAAUACCGUAUAUACUUACAUUGGGAUGACGGAACCGGAAAAGGAAAAAAAUAAUUUUUACGAGAAUCAAAGCGUAAUCACAGCGGCGCAAAGAAGAUCCGGAGAUUUUGAUAUUGGUCAGCAAGAGGGCAUUUCGGGUCUACUACAAAAGAAAAGCCCGUGGUCGAACGAAAGAAGAUGGACGUGCCGGCAAUGUUCGUUCGCUUAUAACGACAUAAACGCUGACAAAUGUGAUAUAUGCAAAAGCAUGAGAACGCCUCCAUCUUUAAAUCAACCGUCUACAAUAACGGUAACCGAGGAUAGGACGACUAUUUCUUCUAGUGGGUUAUCCUCCACUUGGGUACAUUCCAAUGAUGUUCAAGUGCCGAUAGCCACAUUGGACCAAGGUUUAGAGGAUGAUUUUCAGAUUUUACCAGGAAUAGAUAUCGAAGAACAAAAAUGGACCUGCAAAAAAUGCACCUUGGUCAACCAAGGGACCGCCCUAAUAUGUGAAGCGUGCUGCGGCUCGAAACUGCGCUCCCUAACCAUAAAUCACGAUGCGACGUUAAAAAAGGGCGAGUUUUGGAUCUGCUGCAAAUGCACCCUUAAGAACUCGCUAUCAUCAACCGCGUGUAAGGUGUGCAAAACCGAAAAGGUUACUUUGGAUGUGCGGAUACAAUCCAGAAGUCCCUCGCCGAUGCACGGCUCUAGGAGAGCGAAAAACGGUCGAACGAUAGGGGGCGACAGUAGUAAAAAGAUCUCUACACCGCCGGCGAAAAGUAAAGCACGUUGCGACGGUGAUGUAGUGUCGAUCCCACCCAAUACGUCAACAAAACAGAUACUGCCUUGGACCUGUACGGUGUGCACUUACGAGAACCACAAGUCUCAAUUUGUCUGUGAUAUGUGCCAGAAGAUGAGGAUCGUCCUCGGUACUUCGGCCCCUCCGGAGGAUCCCCCGCGCCUCACACCGGAGGAACUUAGUAAUAAACAUUGGAAUUAUAUCGUAAGGUAUUGCAGAUUAAAGAAGCAAAGUUACGUGGACGACGAUUUUCCACCGAUGCCGACUAGUUUAUAUUACAAUCCGAGCGAUAACAAGGAUGCGUAUUCGAUAAAGUGGCGAAGGCUGAAAGACAUCGUGGUCGAGGAGAUGGAAAUCGAUCUGCCUUGGGCCGUGUUUAGGAUGCCUCAACCUUCGGAUAUUUCACAAGGAGUAUUGGGAAACUGUUGGUUACUGAGUGCCUUAGCCGUUCUAUCGGAACGCGAAGAACUUUUACGCGCCAUACUAAUCACAAGAAUUCACUGCCCGCAAGGCGCUUACCAAGUGCGGUUAUGUAAAGACGGAGUCUGGGUUACGGUAUUGGUGGACGACUUUUUCCCUUGUGAUAAAAGGGGGCAUUUGUUGUACUCGCAGGCAAAAAGAAAACAGCUGUGGGUGCCCCUAAUAGAAAAGGCGGUCGCUAAAAUCCACGGUUGUUACGAGGCUUUAGUAUCGGGUCGGUCUUUAGAAGGUUUGGCCACUCUUACCGGAGCACCUUGUGAAUCGAUACCUUUACAAGUAUCGUCUUUUCCUUCUAACGAAGAAGAGUUAGAUGUCGAUCUCAUAUGGGCCCAAUUAUUAUCUUCGCGCCAAGCAAAGUUCUUAAUGGGAGCGUCAUGCGGCGGCGGAAACAUGAAAGUCGACGAGGUAGAGUAUAAUUCCAAAGGUCUAAGGCCCAGACACGCGUACUCUCUACUGGACGUAAGGGAUAUUGAAGGACAGAGGCUACUAAAACUAAGAAAUCCUUGGGGUCAUUUUGUGUGGAAAGGCGACUGGUCGGACGACUCGUGCCUAUGGACCCUUUACUUACGUAGCGAACUGAUACCCGAGGGUCCCCAGGACGGCACCUUUUGGAUAUCGUUCAGCGACGUGCUAAAAUACUUCGAUUGUAUCGAUAUUUGUAAAGUGCGAAGUGGCUGGAACGAGGUUAGAUUGAACGGUAUUCUGCCACCUUUGGCCAGUCCCCAGCAUCUUUCUUGUAUUUUAUUGACAAUCUUGGAGCCGACGGAGUGUGAUUUCACUUUAUUCCAGAAGGGACAAAGAAAGUCAGAAAAGUCACAAAGAUCUCAGUUAGAUUUAUGCGUAGUGCUAUUUAAAGCUAGACAAGGGACCACGAUAGGUAGCUUAGUAGAGCACAGCAAGAGGCAGGUGCGGGGCUUCGUAGGUUGCUGUAAAAUGCUAGAACCCGGGGAGUAUGUGGUGGUGCCGUUGGCUUUUAAUCAUUGGCAUACCGGAUUGGACGAUGUAUCCGCUUAUCCCAAAUACGUUUUAGGCAUUCAUAGUUCAAAAAAACUGCUGGCCGAACAUAUAAAGCCCCCCAAUUUCAUCCUGGCGGAUUCGAUAAUAUCCCUGACGUUAGCUAGAGGUCAAAGGCACGAGGGCAGAGAGGGCAUGACCGCUUAUUACUUAACAAAAGGUUGGGCCGGUUUGGUCGUAAUGGUCGAAAAUCGCCACGAAAAUAAGUGGAUUCACGUGAAGUGCGACUGUCAGGAGAGUUAUAACGUUGUGUCGACUAGAGGGACGCUUAAAACCGUUGAUUCCGUUCCGCCACUAACUAGACAAGUUAUAAUAGUUUUAACCCAAUUGGAGGGUAGCGGAGGUUUCUCUAUAGCCCACAGGCUGACCCAUCGAUUAGCAAACUCGCACACUCUGUACGAUUGGGGACCGAUCGGUGCAUGCCACGUGCCGGAUCUCGAUAAUGGAACCAGCGGGCUACAUUCUCCCAGGCUUUUUUAAAGGUCGCCAAGAGUAGCAUUUUUUUGAAAUUGCAGUGAAUGAAGACCAGUUUUGUAACUAAGUUGUUUGGUUUGAUUCUCUAGGACGUUUUGAAAUUUCUAACCGAAUUCUUUUAAUUUUGCAUUUUUUACUAGUUAGUGAGAGGUAUUCCUACCGUGGUUACGUUAUAUAGAAAAAGUAUUUUAAAGAACUGAUUAGUCUUUAGACGCUUGAAGAGAUUUUAAUUUUUAGGUAUUUAUUGUUGAGUUAAUAAACAGCAUACAUUUAGUUUAUAUUCAUUCAUUGCUCAGCAUCUUGAAAAUUAUUAUUAUUAGUGGGAAUCUUUACGUUGUAAAAGGGCAGUCAACUGGAAUUUAACAUAGAUUAUGUCUUUUAAUUUAUGUACAGCUUGUAGGCAUACAGGUUGACUUUAAAGAUCAUUUUUGUAUAUAUGGGGUGUUUUGGGUCGAUGCAUACCCCUGUGUACAUCUGUUAAUAAAAAAUAUUUUGAUUGAAGCAUAAAAUGCACAACUGAUAUAAGUUAACCCACUUAAAAUAAUAAAUAAUUAAUUCAGGACAUUUGAAUUUACCAAGUCAUUUUUAUGCCCGCAGUUUUCUCUUGUAGUUAAAUGAGACACUUCUCCAAGUGCUCCUGUGAUAUAAACGUACAUACAAUAUAUUAAAAACAUAAUAAGUCUUAGAGUUAAAAGUUUGGUUAAAUAUUUUUUCCAGACUAAAUUCGGUCUAUAAACUAUUGUUUUUAUUACUCACUGUUUAUUUAUUUGUAAAAAGAAUAUUUCGUAUAGUUAAUUUUUUUUAAUUUAAAUAAUAUUUUUUAGGUGUUUAGAACAUUAUGAAAAAAGACAGGUAUAUAGGUUAAGCAAGAGUUAGGAAUUAGUUUGUCAAGGUUUUAUUUCUUUAAUGGAUCUGAAGUGUACAAUUCUAAGGUAGCGAAGGCACAUAUGGCCCAGUUACGGUUAGUGUGUCAUUAAAAACUUGUUUUUGACAUUUUGGUCAACUAACUUCCAAUAAAUUCAUACUUGGAGGUAUUUUUUAGCCAAAAUGUCAAAAAAAACUUGAGAGAUUGAUUAUACUAUAUCUGAUAUAUGAACAACUAUUCGACGUUUUCGGAUUGUUCAUAAAUGUUACCAUUUUUUUAGAAUUAAGCUGCUGGACCAUAUUUGCCUUCAAUACCUUAUUUAUUUGACUA